AUGGCGGUAUUGGAUAGCUUACUUGCAAAAAAAGAAGAUAAAUCGAGUGUACCAUCCUCACCAAAUACAAGAAAGAAUAAAGGAGGUCGACCACCAGCUGGUAAGCGAGGCGCUGGAAAAGCCAAGAAAAUAAGCAAGUCAGCUCGUGCUGGACUGUUAUUUCCCGUAACCAAAUUUCAUCGAUUGCUUAGGAAAGGUCGCUACGCGAGACGGAUCUCUCAGUCCGCAGCUGUUUAUUUGAGCGCUGUUAUCGAGUAUCUUUCUGCCGAGAUGUUGGAAUUAUCCGGGAAUGCUUGUCGGGACAAUAAACGUCAACGACUGAUUCCCCGUCACAUCGUGCUUGCUAUGAAGAAUGAUGAAGAGUUGAAUCAAUUCUGUUCUCGAGUUACCUGUCCCGGUGGUGGUGUUCUGCCAUUCGUACAUCCGGCCUUGUUCGCUAAAGGUGCAAAUUCAGUACCACUUCGACCAGUACGGCGAAUCAGCACCAGUUUGUGCGAGCCGGGAACGACAUAA